UCGUCACACUCAGUUGACAUUUCAGUCGGGAUUUCGAGGAUCUUUGACCGUAUGAUCCGGGCGGUGCGAUGAUCGGACGGAUUGGCGACGCCGUUCUCGGGGCUCAAGUUUUGGUGCAGAAUUUCAACUUCUUCUUCUUCUUCUUCUUCUUCUUCACAUUAUCAUUAUUAUUAAUAAUAUUAUUUUGUUUUUAGUGUGUGUCUCUCUCUCUAUGGGGAGGAUGAUAGCUGGACAAGGGUGUGAUUGGGGCCAUUUAGAAUCGUAUUACAUUUUUCCCGCAAGGGGUUGCGAAGGUUGUGGGGAUAACAUGUGAUGGGAUUUUACUAAGUCAAGCUCAGUUCGCUAAGCGCGUUCCGUGUUGGUGUUCAUUGGAUUCAUUUUGGAGGAGUUUGCUCUAAUCGCGGCUUUGGAAGGAUGCUGCUGCUGCUGUGUGUUCGGUGAAACUGUGGGGGUUGUUGCUGUGAGGGAUGGCAGGAUGUGAAGUAGCAGCAGUAGUAGUAGUAGUGUGAGUAGGGAAUAGGGCUGGGAGUUACAGGUUGUACGUGCUGCCACAUCAGGGUGCUACUUUUCGGACUCCUUUGAAGGGUUUUUGUCACAGGCCUUGAGGGUGGCCUGUGUUUGAGGGAGAGCAACAUUCUUGCGUGUUGGUAGCUUAGUGGGUUGCGGAGCGGGCUGGUGUGUUAGUAUUAUUAUUUUUAUUUAUUGAGGUAACGUCGUGGUUUUUCUGACCUAGACGAGGCAGUGAGUGGAAGAUGGACAGAGAGGUGGUGUAGUUUUUUUUUUUUUUCCCCCUCUCUUCCUCCUCUCUCUGUCCAUCUGUAGUAGAUCCUGACUGAGACCAUCUCCCUGGCCAUGUAUCGCAUGCAUUUAGGGAGGAAGAAAUCUAAAGAUGCUAAGAAGGAGGAGAAUGGCGAGGCAUCUACCGCCGACGAGACUGGCGGAGGAGCGCUAGAUUCUUCCUCCCCCAGUGGUUCGGGCAUCACGCCAGGCAGCUCACCUAGAAUCGCUAAUGGUGCUCAUGGGGAAGGGAUGGCUGAUUCGCCAAAGAAGAGCUCGUGGUCUUUCCUCCACAAGUCCAGGAAAUCCGGGAAAAACUUCCCAACGGAAUUUUUGUGCCCGAUCUCCAAAUCCUUAAUGGCUGAACCCGUGAUUGUCGCCUCCGGCAUCAGCUAUGAACGUCAAUGCAUACAGAUAUGGUUCCAGCAAGGCAACCGGCAUUGUUUUAAAACUGGCCAAAUCCUGGAUCAUUUCAACCUGACGCCCAACCAAAACCUCCUGUCUACUAUCCAGACGUGGUGCGGAAAGCAUAAGAUUUCGAAGCCCCAAAUCCCAACCCUUGAGCAUGCAACACAACUGGUCGAGAGCUGCACCCGCACGACAUUUGUGAGCGAUGGCAGCGACCCCUCGACUCCAGCGAUUGUUGUCGAUAGCAGGCCUGGAUUUAACAGUGUUGAACCUCGACCAGGAUUCGGAGAUGAGGACGAAUUUCCGGAACCCCACAGUGACAGCGAGGGCUACAUGCAAAGGUAUGAUGCUCAGCCUAGUCUUGACGUAAGUAACGGUGAGAUUGAACCAGCCGAGCGCCCUGCAUGGUCCUCUACUCGGGAACAACACGAAGGACCUCUGUGGGUCAAGGGGGAACGCUCCACCCAUUCUCAGAUGUGUGCAACCGAAUCUAGAGAAUCCUCCCGAGAAUUCGACAGAGGAACUUACUCGGUGGAACAUGGAAGCUCUGUCAAUGGGAGAUCUCGGCAUGGUUCAGGGCAUGCUAAUGGGAACAGUAGCGGCGAGUGGCCGUCUUCCUCACGUGGCCAGGGUCACAGGUACAUUCAUUCUGCAUCAGCGUCUGUUCUGAGAGGAGAUGGUCCGUCUUAUCAACCCCACAGAAGACAAACUCCUCUAAAUCUACAGACUGAGCCCAAUUCCUAUCGGACGGAUAGACCUAACGAAGCACCACGUCAAGAAGGGGGUGCCAUCGAAGUAGAGUUAGUUGAGAAAUUGUACAGUUCUCAACCGUUCGAGCAGGAGGAAGCUGCCGCAGAGAUUCGUCGACUCACACGGAACACUAAACCCGGUGUGGAUUACAGGCUUGCGUUGUGUACGCCCGAGCUGUUAGCUGCGUUGCUGCCCUUGCUGCAGUCACGGUAUGUCAAGGUGCAAGUCAAUGCCGUCGCUGCGAUAAUGAAUUUGUCACUUGCAACCGAGAACAAGAUCAAAAUUGCCAGAGCAUCCGUGAUUCCCAGCCUCGUUGAUUUGCUCAACGGACGAUCCGAAGCGGUGGAAGAGCACGCUGCCGGUGCGCUCUUCAGUCUGGCUUUGAACGACGAGAACAAGAUGGCCAUCGGUGUGCUCGGUGCCAUUCCUCCUCUCAUCAAGGUCAUGCGCUCGGGACCUCCUGGCACGCAGCGCGAUGCCGCCAUGGCAUUGUAUCACCUAUCGUUUGCACAUAUCAACAAGAGCAAGCUCCUAAAGGCUGGCGUGGUGCCCAUUUUGUUGCAGCUGGUGCAGGAAGCGUCACCGGAUUUGGUGUGCCGAGCGCUUUUGGUUCUCUCCAACUUGGCUGGGGUCCAGGAAGGACGCUCGGCCAUUGGCGAGGGGCAGGGGGUUGCAGUAUUCGUUGGCCUUCUGAACGCAGGAAUGGACAGGUCGGGUGCUCCAGGGAGCGAUUCAGAUUCCUCAACCAGAGGAGGGUCAAACGACUGGGCUUCUGUGCGAGAGAACGCUGCAGCUGCUCUCCUCCAACUUGCCAAUCAUAACCUGCGCUUCAAAGGCCAAGCUGUACAAGCCGGUGCUGUAGCCGCUCUAGCUGCUCUGCAAGAGCACGGAACGCCACGCGCCAAGGAUAAAGCUACAACCUUGCUCAAUAUACUGAAAGAAACAACUAAUCCUCUGAAAUCUCGACAUGAACGACCGUCAUACCAGCGCAGAGCAACUUCAAGGGGCGGGGAUCUAACCACGCACAGCGAGACCUAUGCACCAAACCCAAGACCAGAUUCUGCUCAGUUCUGACCAAAUGAACAUGUCUAGAAGAAACAACCCAUAUAGGUUCUUGUUCAAUUAUAUUCCUUGUACCAGUCUCUGUACAGAACUAGUGUUUUGGUAAAAGAAUUGGUCGAUUCCUACGAGUUGAAGCUUCAACAGGAAAUAGAGGAUUAGCCUGUUUAUGGGAAUUGGAAGGCACUGCAUGCUUGUGGUUUCAGGUUGUAAUUUUUGGUUUGCCCCUAGUGUGUAGAGAUGGAACUUAUGUUGGUUAUGUUCGUCGCAGCUUUGAUGUUGGAUUGUAGGUGCUCUGCUUGCACUGGAAUCUUUGCAUCUUAACGUUGGAGCCAGGUUUACCUGUGGUGAUGAAUGCUUGCUGUGUGGGACCCAGUUUCUGAGGUUGGGAAUAUUGUAUUCCCUCUCUCUUUUUGGCUUGCCAUCUGAAACUAUGUUUCCAUGGAGGCCAUGUUGUAUCUUUGAAGAUCAAUUCGUUUUGUUGGAUCUGUGAAAUCCACAAGCAAGUGCUUGUUGUUAA